CAGCUGUUUAGUUUGAAAGCUGGCGUAAACAAAAGCCACUCAAAAGAAAGCUGGUCUUCGUUCGUAAGACAGCUUCAUACAGGAAAUAAGUUAGUUAAUUUAACCAAACCAUCAGCAUUCCACCAUGAAAACAUUGUUCGAACAACUGAAAACUCUGUUCGACUAUGAGCUCUACUCAAAUGCGGCCACGCUGGCCAAUUUAAUCAUCUCCAUAUAUGACACCAAUCGUGCCACGCUCAGCCCUCAGGAACACUUCGGUACGCUCGUGUAUUAUGCGGAGUCACUCUUUCACGAGCGUCGGUUUCGCGAAGCGGAAACCAUCUACCGGCAGGCGCUGCAGCUGAAGCGGCUGCUGACGAAAAACAAAUCACCCAACUGCAAAACCUCGGCAGGCUCCGUCCCCGGUCCGGUCGAUCUGCAGUCGGAGGUGGAGCUGAAGUACAAGACGGCCCGGUGCCUGAUUGAGAUGAAGUGUUAUCGCGAUGCCAUUGUCCUGCUGCAAUCGCUCGCACUGAAACAGCGCACACCGAAGGUAAACAUGCUUCUGAGCAAACUGUGUCACAACCACGGCCACGAACGAAGUGCCAUCGGGACGUACAAGGAGGUGCUAAAGGAGUGUCCGCUGGCGUUUGAGGCGAUAGAGGGUCUGCUCACGCUUGGCGUCAAGGGUAUCGAAGUGAAUUCAAUGAUCGUGGACGCUACCAUGGCACCGCAGUGCAGCGAGUGGAUGAGCAGCUGGAUCAAGGCGCACGCCAACAUCCAGGCACGCAAGUACACCGACGCAAUCCAAACGCUGCGUAGCAUCGAGGCAAACACCUGCCUGCGCAACUAUCACCAGCUGUUGGUGCUGAUCGGCGAAUGCUACUACCACAAUGGUGAUUACGAGCAGGCGUACAUCACGCUGAAGCGUGCACACGCCAUGCAGCCACAGUCGAAGAACGGUCUGCAGAUUCUCGCUCUACUGAUGGCAAAGAAUAAGAAAAUUGCCGAGCUGGAGAAACUGAUCACUCCGUCGCCCUCGCUGCUGAACGAGUACACGUCCGAGAUGUGGUACGUGAUGGGGCAGUACCUGUUUGCCACCGGCAAGUACGAGAAGGCUGUGUACUUUGUGCAGAAGGCAUGUUUUCAGAACUCGCGCAACGUCGAGGCGCUGGUGCUGAAGGCGGAAGUGCUGUUUCAGGUGAAAAAGUAUCAGCAGGGAAUUGCACACCUUCGGUAUGGGCAGCAGUUUGCUCCCUAUCGGUACGAAAUUCACAAGGCGCUCGUGGACAAUUACCUUAAUAUGGGACGCAACCGGGAGGCGCAGCUGCAAGCACUGAAGGCGGUCAAGAUGUUGGGCGAGUCAGCGCGAAUGUUGGUGCUAUUGGCGCGCACAUACAUGAAAGAUGAAGCCGCAAGACCGAAGGCAAAAGCGCUCUGUCUAAAAGCGCUGGAGAUGAGCGAAAACUUCUUGCCUGCAGUAUAUCUGCUCUCGGAAAUUUACCUGCGGGAGAACGAUAUCAGCACCAGAAUGAAGCUGCUCAAAAAGCACGUAAUGCUAUCGAAGAACAGCAAGCUCCAUGUGAUGCUGGCGGAAACACUUAACAACGAAAAGGAUCAUUCCGGCGCGUUAGAACACUAUUCCAUUGCUCUCAACCUCGAUCCUUCGAAUCGCGUGGCAAUGUCGGGACUGCUUAUGGUGGGACAAAACAAGGGCGGCACGAGCAGCACCGCCUCGAAUGCGGGUGCGUCCAGCUCAUAUCUGGAGUCGAUGGCCGAAGACGGUAGCGACGUACCGGACAAUCCGCUGGAAAUGAUCGAAAUACGAACGACUGGAGCGAACGAGAUGGAGUCGGAAAGUGAUGCAAUGUGGUCGGAUUUGGAAAUUGAAAUCAAUCAGUAGGUUGGUAAGCGCGGUGAGAAUUCUUCCAGUGGGUGAUUGAUUAAUUUAGUACUAGCUGUAAUAAAACCUACCUUAUAGCUCCACUUUAAAAGAAUAUAAUCGCUGGGUCUGUCGAAUCAUCAA